GGGAUCUCGCGAUCAGUCACAAUGAUGCUCCGGAGUGCAACUCGCCAUAUGAUCUCACUGCUGGCGCUGGUGAUCAUGUUUUGCGUGGUGGGAUAUCUGAAUAACAACAAAAAUGCCAUCAACGAUCAGUCGGUUUUGAUAGAGCGAUUCCUAGCUUCGCAUUCGCGGGGUGACAAUAAUGGAAGCAGCAGUAGUGCAACGCCCAUGCCGGGGGAUUUCGGAUCACCGGUUACGUUUGGUAAAACGACCGAGGAAUCGAUUGGGAAGAUGAUAAAAAUGGGCUUCGAAAGCCAGGGUUUGAAUCAGUACGCGUCGGAUUUGGUGUCGGUUCAUCGGCGGUUGCCGGAUAUUCGGGCCGAAUGGUGCAAAGAACCGGGUCGAUAUUUGUCCAAUUUGCCGGAGACAUCCGUCGUUAUAGUGUUCUACAAUGAAGCGUGGUCCGUUUUGGUGAGGACGGUUCAUUCGGUUCUGGAUCGAUCGCCACCGGAGCUGAUAAGGGAGAUUGUGCUGGUGGAUGAUUUCUCAUUUUUGCCUCAUCUGAAAACUCAACUGCAGGAUUACUUCCUGGCCUAUCCAAAAGUCAAAAUUGUUCGAGCUGAAGAGCGGUUGGGCUUGAUGAGGGCCCGACUACUCGGAGCCAAAACGGCCGAAGGCGAGGUGCUAACCUUUCUCGAUGCCCACGUGGAAUGUACUGAAGGAUGGCUGGAGGCUUUGCUGGAUCCUGUAGCACGAAACUGGACCACCAUAUCCAUUCCAACGGUCGACUGGAUCGACGAAAAGGAUAUGCAUCUGCGAUCGGAGGCUGCUCCUAUGUUCUACGGAGCGUACGAUUGGGAUCUGAAUUUUGGCUGGUGGGCUAGGUCUACACGGAAGAACAAGCCGGAUAACAUCUAUGAGCCAUUCGAUUCCCCGGCCAUGUCCGGUGGACUUUUUACCAUCACUAGGAGGUUCUUCGAACAUGUCGGAUGGUACGACGAGGGUUUUGAGAUUUAUGGCAUAGAGAAUAUUGAGCUUUCAAUGAAGAGUUGGAUGUGCGGAGGAAAAAUGGUAACGGUUCCUUGCUCGAGAGUUGGUCACAUCGCGAAAGCCGGUCAUCCUUAUAUGAUGCAAUCUCACAGGGAUUAUGUGAGAUCGAACUCGCUCAGAUUGGCGGAAGUGUGGAUGGACGAAUAUAAGCAGGUGAUCUUCGACAUUUAUGGAAUCCCAAAGUAUCCCGUUGAAGAUGCUGGCGAGGUUUGCAUGAGGAAAGAAAUUCGUAAGAAAGCCCAAUGCAAAUCAUUCAAGUACUAUGUGACGACAGCCUUUCCGGAAAUGCACAGUCCUGCGGUCAAGGGAUGGUUCCGAGGAGAGAUGAAAAACAAAGCCCUCGGAAGUAAAAUGUGUCUGCAGUACGAUAAGGGGGAUAACUUUUUGGGCAUGCGAGAGUGUAACCAUCAGCAGACGAAUCAGUACUGGACCCACAACUAUUACGAUGAGUUAAAUAGCCGCAAAAAUUGUUUGGAUUACAUCGGUACUGGAACAUAUGUAGGCGUAGUUGGAUGUCAUCGAAGUCGAGGCAAUCAGGGAUGGGAAAAUGUGAACGCCACUGGACAGUUUCGUAUUAAGAAGUACAACAAGUGCCUGGAAUUGGACUUGACGACUAAUAAUACAGUCAUUGUGGCCGAUUGUGAUGUGAAAAAAGAUAAUCAGUUUUGGAUGGUGGAGCCAAUAGAUUUAGAUGUUUCAUUUUUCAGUAAAUGAAAGCAAGUUACAACA